GGGGAACAUCAGCGCGCGCCAAGUGCAGGCCCUGAUUUUUUUCCCGUGCGAUCACGUCGGUGCGAUUUCCCAGCACCCGCCAGCGCUCAAGAUGCCAAAAAAAACAGUCUCUGCGCUGGGCGUCGCCUCCAAGGCCAUAGACCCCACCCUCGAUGCCCUCUUUGCCUCCAGUGCCGGACCAGUCGCGGCACCUCCAAAGUCUCGCUACUCUGCGCCGUCUGAGCCCAAGUCCAAGCCCGUCGUCGGUGACGACGAGGACGGUGAUGACGAGGUGUUGUCUGAGAUUAGCGAGGAGCUCGACUACGAAGACGACGAUGAAUCCGGCAGCGACGACACGUCCCCCAAGGGCGACGACAAUGAAGUCAACGAGAAUGAGGGCGAAAAGGAAGCUACCGUGGACGACCAACUGCGGACGGUUACGGAAGCGGAAGCAGUAGAGGCUCCCAAGGCCCGGAGGGAGCGAAAGCGCAAGAGAAAGGACGACAACGAUGAGCUCGAGGCCAAGUAUCUAGCCGAAAUGUCCAAGGAUGACGCUCCCGAGCAUGAGUCGAAACGAUUCAAGGGCGGGCGCACCGAGCAAGACCAACCUUCCGUUGACGACGAAGACGUACCCGUGCACGAGUCGCUGGCUAAGGACCCCAAUACGACUGACGUGGAACGGGCCUCCCGGACCGUCUUCCUCGGCAAUGUCUCCUCCGAAGCCAUCUCGGACAAGAAGGCGAAAAGGGCUCUGAUGAACCAUCUGUCGUCUGCCCUCAACCCGAACGAUUCCCCUCCCCAGAAGCUCGAGUCACUGCGAUUCCGAUCCGUCGCUUUCUCUACUGGCUCCAUGCCGAAGCGCGCAGCCUACAUCACCAAGUCUCUCAUGACCGCCACGACCAAAUCCACCAAUGCAUAUGCUGUCUUCUCCUCGACGGCCGCCGCUCGCCGGAUCGUCUCGGAGCUCAAUGGCAGCGAGGUUCUGGGCCGUCACAUCAGGGUAGACAGCGUCGCCCAUCCUAGCCCCAUGGACCACCGUAGGUGCAUCUUCGUGGGCAAUUUGGGCUUCGUCGACGAUGAGACUGUUCUAAACACCGACGGCGACGGCAAGACGGUGGAGAAGAAGCGCACCAAGGUCCCUGCCGAUGUGGAGGAGGGCCUCUGGCGGACGUUCAGCAAGCAAGGCAAAGUCGAGAACGUGCGUGUCGUGCGGGAUCCUAAGACGAGAGUCGGCAAGGGAUUCGCGUACGUUCAGUUCUACGACGGCAACGACGUCGAGUCGGCCCUGCUCCUCGACGGCAAGAAAUUCCCUCCCAUGCUACCUCGCCCGCUCCGCGUGACGCGCGCCAAGGACCCUCGCAAGACGGCCCUCGCCCAGGAGCGCGCCAGCGCCAAGGCCAACGCCUCGGACAACAGCAAGGGGCGCGGCGGCACGGGCUACAGGCCCAAGAUCACCCCCGAGCAGCAGGCUGCCGCAGGACGCGCCGGCAAGCUGCUCGGACGCGCCGGCGCCGCGCAGAUGCAGCGGGGUGGCAAGGACGGCGCCAACGCCGCCGCACUCGUCAGCAAGAAGUCGCCGGAGCAGAUCGUCUUCGAGGGCAGGAGAGCCUCGUCCAGGGACGGCCGGCCCAAGGACCUCAAGUUUGGGAAGAAGGGCAAGGGCAAGAAGCCUAAGCCGACUCACCGAGGCGCGCGGAGGGCAGCGGAGUGGAAGAAGACCAAGCCCUCCAGCUGAAACGUACAUGGCGGAGCGACGUAGUGGUGGGAACUGGUAUUGGUGCGGCGGGUGCGCCUCGUGAUGCCAAGGGAGUAUACAUAGGCCAGGUCAGGAUGAGGUGACACGGCAUUGCCUUGGUCGAUCAUAUGCAGGGCAUAGCAGAGCUUCGCAGAGAUUAAAAGAAUUUGGCUGGCUGGCAUACUGUAAGGCAUAAAACAGGCGCAAACCAUUACAACGCAUGAUUCAUCCAUUCAAGCCUACACGCACGCACGCACGCACGCAAC